AUGACUGAGAUAAGGACUGUGCCGGUAAUCGAAGAAAGCGUCUACGAUCGUCGAACCCGAACCUUAACGACUUACACAAGGAACGUGUCCCACAACGAAUUGUUCGCCAUGCAUGAGCGAUGUGUGUAUCGUCCAACUACGGACUCUCUGAAUGUUCCAAUGACGGACAUCAUGCGCAGUGUCUACAUAUCCAUACACUGCGGUAGAAUGAGUUCGGUUUAUGAGAAAUUGAUGUUACUCGGCUUCAAAAAAUCUGUAAGUUUCUCAUCAGCCUAA